AUGGAUCUAGAACAUGAUAAUGCUUCCGUUCUUAAACGGUAUCAAGAAUGUUUAGAAAUAUUAAAUUCAAGAUCAGGAUUAACAUUAAAUACUUCUAUGGAUCUCAAUAACAAUAAUGGCAUAGAUAAUUUAAAUAAUUUACCAUUAAAUACUAUUAAUAGUACUAGUAAAAAUCAUUAUUCACAUUGUCAUCUUUUUCCUAAUGGUAUUACACCUAAACAUGAAGGUUUAUUAACUAUUGCUCCUAAUUGUGAUUGUCCAUCCAAAAAAGAUUCAAUUGAUGUAACAAAAGAUGUAACUCCAAAACUUUUAAUUAAUGGUAAAUCAUCUUCUAAUCAAUCAAAAAUGGAAGAAAAUAUAUUUAUUCCUAAUAAUGAUGGUAGAAGAGUUUCAGCACCAGCUUGUCUUUGGUCAACAUCAUCUCUUAUCAAUAAUAAUACACCAAUAACUGAUAAUAAGACUGAUCAAAAUACAUUAAAUAAUAAUUUGGCUAUUCUUCAAAAAUUACUUCUUUCACAACAACAAAAUCAACAAUACAAAUUAUCGUCAGAAAUCGCAACAUCAUCAACUUCCUCUAAAGUUAUUUCUUCUGCAUUUACUUCAUUACUAAUGCCACCAACUGCUGUUUUAGGUGAUCAUCUUAUUUCAACAUCUUCUAAUAUAAAUUCAUCAUCACAAAAUGUUGCUACAUCUGUGUCAUCCUCACCAGAUAGUGGACUUGGUGGUGAUACCUCUACAAUAUCAGCACAUACCACAAAUACAAUGACAUUAAAUUCUCUUGAAUCAGCCAUCAAAUUUCAGCAGGAACAAAAUAAUUUACAAAAUCAGAUACUUCUUGGUACAACACCACAAUCUGCAUUUACAACUAUUAAUAAUAAUAAUUUAAAAAAUUGGAAUUGGUUACUUCAACAAAAUCAAAAUUCACUUUUAGCAUCAACACAAAGAAAUAUUUCUAAUCAAGAUUUACAACAAAAUAAUCUUUUGAAUCCAUGGUUAUCUGCUGCAGCAUUAUUAUAUCCUGGAUGGGCAAUUAAUGCUACAUCAUCAAUUCAAGGAAAUUCUAAUAAUAAUAAUAUAUCACAAAGAUCACAAAAUCCUUUUACAUCAUCAACAACUAUAAGUAAUGCUUUUUUGAUUGAUCAAAUGUUAGCUAAUCAAAAAAAUCAACAACUUCAACAAAAUUCUAUAAAUACCACUGGAAUUAAUGGAUUAUUUUGUAAUGGUAAUUCUUAUAUUUCUAAUUUACAAAUGAAUCAAAUUAACAAUUCAUUGUAUGAAGUUUCUAAACAUCAAACAAAUAGUUCAUUUGGUCUUGAAUCAACAAUUACCGGUAAUACAACUUUAUCUAAUAGAAGAUUUAGUGAACCUGUAACUAAUAGUAAUGUACAUUCUAAUAGUACUUAUUCACUUUCUAAUCAUGUAUCAAGAAGGCGUAGUCGUGAUGGUCAAGUAACUUAUCUUUGGGAAUUUUUAUUAAGACUUCUUCAAGAUAAAGAAUAUUGUCCAAAAUAUAUAAAAUGGCUUGAUCAUCGUAAAGGAAUAUUUAAAUUAGUUGACUCGAAGGCUGUCUCACGUUUAUGGGGUAUGCAUAAAAAUAAACCAGGAAUGAAUUAUGAAACAAUGGGAAGAGCAUUAAGAUAUUAUUAUCAAAGAGGAAUCCUUCAAAAAGUUGAUGGACAAAGAUUGGUAUAUCAAUUUGUUGAUGUACCAAAAGAAGCUUUUGAUCCAAAUGAUACUAGUUUUUCAGAUUCAAUUAGUUCAGGAAAUAAUAGUGAUGAUGGUAAUGGUAGUCCAAAUAAUUACAUUAAUGAUAGUAAAAUUCAUUCACCAAAAAGUAUUGAAGGUUCAUGUACUAAUAUUGAUAUUAAUAGUCCAUCAUCCUCUUCAAUCUCCUAUGAUGAACAUCAUUCUAAAACAGAAAAAAAAAAUGAUAUACAUAUGAAAGAUAUGUCUGAAGAUGAUAGCAUUAAACAUAAGGAGGAAGAUGUUUUAAUGGAAGAAGAUGAAGAGGAAGAGAAUGUUAAAAAACUUCAAAUGUCUAAAGAUGUUAGUAAUAAUGAUGAGAUAGAUGAAAAUAAUAAUCGUACAUUGUCAUCUUCUAACCACCAAAUAAGUAGUUGUGCAUAA